AUGUUGGUGCGGCGCUGCGGAGUCACCUGCAGUCUCGCUCCCGAUGCAACCGGUGGUUACAUUGAUGACACCAGCUUGCAAGCCGAUUAUAUAUGGAUACAAAUUCAAGACCAUAACAACACGAAUAAAAUGUCUUUUAUCAGAUUCACCAAUGGACAUUUAUGUGACAACGGCGUGUUGUACCAUGAUGUGGACUUGUACGUAGAUAAGGAUAAUGGCACAAUCUAUGGUCAAGUACCCCCUCCUACCGGACUGAAAAUUGAAGUGGUGGACCUUGGUGGAAACGUUUUGGCACCUGGAUUCUUGGACAUUCAGAAUAACGGGAUAUAUGGACUCAAUUUUUCGGAUUUGAGAGAAGGUGCAACCAAAAAGGAUGUCAAGGAAUUCCAAAACUUUUAUAGAGAUGCCAUGGCCAAGUAUUUGACCACGGGUGUUACUUCCACAUGUCCUACUGUCACGUCCAACUUUCCGGAAGUCUAUAAUAACGUGCUUCCGCUUUAUCGUCGCAGCAGGCUGCAACAUCAGGUGGACUCGCUUGGAGCUCAUUGUGAAGGACCAUUUAUCAAUUUGAAGAAAAAAGGAUGCCAUCCAACUGAGACAUUUGUCGAUGCCAAGGAAGGUCCUUCUAAGCUAUUCGAUAUUUAUGGCGGGGUGGAGAACUUUACCGAGAACGUGGCCAUUGUGACUGCUGCUCCUGAGAUUGAAGGAGUAUUGCAAGCCAUUCCUGAAGUGGUGGAGUCAAACAUAGUGUUCUCGUUGGGCCACACCAACGCUGAUUACAAAACCGCAGUGAAAGCUGUUGAUAACGGUGCCACCAUGAUCACUCAUUUGUACAAUGCCAUGCCACAACCUCAUCAUCGAGAUGUUGGGGUGGUGGGUCUUGUCACUUCUCCAGUGGUUGGAAAGACUCCAUACUUUGGUAUCAUUUGUGAUGGAGUUCACGUCGAUCCUUCCAUGGCUGUUAUAGCCUUCAGAUCCAACCCCGAGAAGUGUAUACUCGUCACCGAUGCCAUGCACUUAAUAGGCUUACCCGAUGACACAUACAAGUGGGACAACCAAACCAUCGUCAAAAAGGGCCCAUACUUGUACUUGAAAGGUACCAAGACUUUGGCCGGCUCAGCUACCACUUUGCCUCAAUGCGUACGUAAUUUGAUGGCGUGGGCAAACAUUCCUUUGGCUCAAGCCGUGAAAACCGUCACCAACAACCCAGCAACAUCCAUCGGCGUCCAACACGAGAAAGGCUUUCUCAACAAAGGCUGCGAUGCCGAUUUGGUGGUUUUGGACCACCAGGGCUUCCUCAAGGCUGUAUACAAACUCGGGCACUUAAUAAGACCCGUAGACGAAAACCAACCAUCCAAGUUGAUGGCAGCAUUGUGA